AUGCCUUCUCGCUCAGAAAUCACCUACUUUGGUGCAGGUCCUGCCCUACUUCCAACCGAAGUUCUAGAGACCGCAGCUGCAGCUCUUAUAGAUUACAAAGGGACGGGUCUCGGUCUGGCAGAGCACUCACAUCGAUCGGAGAUUGCUGCGAAUGUUUUGAAUACCACGAAAGCCAAUCUAGCGAAAUAUUUAGAUAUACCAGACGACUACGAGAUACUGUUCAUGCAGGGGGGCGGUAGUGGAGAGUUUUCGGCAACAGUGUACAACAUGGUCGCGAUUUGGGUUGAGAAAAGGAAACAAAAGAUUUUGAAGGGGUUGGGUAUUUCUUCGGAUAAGGACAUUCCAGAAGAUGCCCUUGUGAGAGAGCUUCAAAAGGCUGUGGAUGAGGAGCUCAAGAUUGAUUAUUUAGUUACCGGUUCGUGGUCAUUGAAGGCUAGCCAGGAGGCGGCUCGAUUGGUUGGCUCUGAGCAUGUCAACAUUGUUGCAGAUUCUAGAACGACCAAUGAUGGUAAGUUUGGGACCAUACCAGAGGAAAAAGACUGGAAACUUUCCAAGAACUCAGCUAUGGUAUACUAUUGCGACAAUGAAACCGUUGAUGGAGUCGAGUUUCCCGGUUUCCCAAAAGCUUUAGAACCAACCGGUGAAGAUGAUGAGCCAAUCGUAGUGGCAGAUAUGUCGUCGAAUAUUCUCUCGAGACGCAUUCCCGUAAAGAAUUUCUCCGUCAUCUUUUUCGGUGCCCAGAAGAACUUGGGUAGUACCGGAAUCACCGUCGUCAUCAUCAAGAAGAGCCUCCUCCCUCCAGUCGUUGCCACACCCGCCUCAACUCUGUUAAGAAAGCUUGGUUUACCAAUUGGUCCAAUCGUACUCUCAUAUGAAACCAUCGCCAAGAACAACAGUCUCUACAACACUUUGAGCAUAUUUGACGUCUACAUCGCGGGUCUAGUCCUUGAAAAACUCCUCGCCACCUACUCCAAUGGCAUCGAUGGCCAAGAAUCCAUCUCGAACCAAAAGUCCGCCCUCAUCUACUCCGCUCUCGAUGCCCAUCCUACCUCUUACAAAGUCGUCCCUGGCGUCUCCGCACGCUCAAGAAUGAAUAUUUGUUUCCGUGUCACCACCUCUGAAAAUAUCGCCGAUGCAGAGAAAGCAUUUUUGGCGGGAGCUGUCGAGCAAGGUCUUACUGGUCUUAAAGGUCAUAGAAGUGUUGGUGGCAUUCGAGCUAGCAAUUAUAACUCGAUUUCGUUGGAAGGGGCGAGGAAGUUGGUGAAGUAUAUUAAUGAAUUUGCCGAGAAAAAGUGA